UUUUCAUGUUUGGUUGGUCAAAAAAAAAUUUAAAUUAUUUCUUUAAAAAGAGGAAAAUGACUUUCUAUGAAAGUAGGUAAAACAUAUCAACAAUCUUGAUAUCAAGAUCAAUGAGGUGCUUCAAAAUGGUGUGUGGAUUUGGGAAAACCUGAACAUCAACAUCCAUGAGGACCUGAAGAUUACCAUCAUGGCUAAUAGCAUUUCCAUCAACUCGGACAAUAAUGACAAACCAAUUUGGACUAUAUCACACACUGGAAAGUUCUCCAUUGGCUCAGCUUGGAAGAAUCUUAGACAGGAAAAACCACACAACCAGCUUUACAGUAGAUUAUGGCAUACCAACAUCCCUUUCAAGAUGUCUUUCCUCACUUGGAGAGUUGUCCACAACAGACUCUCAACAGAUCAAAGUGUUGCAAGACUUGGAAUCCCUAUGGAUCCAAAAUGCUACUGUCCUCUUGGCAUCAGCACUAACAAUACAAAUUUGAAAUUUACACUCCUCAACUGGUGGAAUCAUAAAACAAAAAAUCCAUUUUGUGCCCUCAUCAUCAAGAUCAUUCCAGCUCUAACUUGUUGGGAAAUUUGGAGAUUGAGAUGUUGCAACAAGUUUGAAGCAGAAAGGUACUCACUUUACAGAUCAAUUGCUAAUAUUCUCUUUUCUAUCUUGCAGGUCCUUAAAAACAAGUUUGGAAAUGCUAGAUUUGGAAACUCAUGGAACACUAUUUGUCAAGCCUGUGAAGCAAUAUCCAUCAGAAAUCAACCUUACAAGUCAAAUGGAUCAGGCCCAACUCAACAGUGUCAAGCUCAAUAGUGAUGGGAGUUGUUUAAAUGGGAUCUGUGGAGGUGGAGGAAUAGUCAGAGACCCCAAUGGAAAGACUUUAUUUUCCUAUUCUAUCCCACUGAGCCAAGGAACCAGCAGCAUGGCCGAAGCUGCUGCAAUGCUAUAUGGAUUGAAAUGGUGCUCAACAAAUGGCUUUAACACAGUUUGGGGAGAAACUUAUUCUCUACUAGUAACAAGAUGCAUAAAUAGAGAAUGGAAACCCCCCCUGGAAGAUUGCAAAACUCAUAGAAGAUAUUCAGAAACUAGUUGAAGAGAAUGAAUUUAUCAUCACACACUGCUAUAGAGAAGCUAAUAAACUAGCAGACAAACUAGCUGCAUUUAGUCAUGGAGGUGGUGUAAUCCAAGCCUUGAACUUCUUCUCUGAUAUCCCAGCUUCAAUCAAAGGGCUCCUCAACAUGGAUAGAUGGGGUACCCCUUCUUUUAGGAUCAAUGCUAUUAAAGACAACAACCUUGUUUAUGAUCCUCCAUAGAAGAACUGGUUUGGAAGUUUUUGGUUAGGAUAAAGGUAGUCUAGUCUCACCUCAAUGAUCAUGUAUAGUUUGAGAUGCCAAACUCUUACUCAAAUGUAACUUUUUGCACAUCAAUGAUCAAUGGAGACAAAGUUUGAAUUAAAAAAAAAAAAAAGAGUAGGUAAAACACAUUCCAUAAAU